AUGGCUGCGACUGAUCCUACCAAAAUGGCAGAGGAUGGACAAGUCCCACUUUAUGAUAAGACAUGGGACCACCACGUUAAUGCUCAGUGGAGUAGUCGCUUCGAGCAGCGUGAACCGCCCACCGAGGACGAAAUCCUCCAGAAAUCAGUCAAAGGGCAGGCCAUCUGUGAUCUCAUGGCCAGUCAACCGCUGGGGGUGAAGACUAACCUGUUUGAAGAUUUGCCGGAUGAACCCUCCAAAGUCAACAUGACCUCCCCAGCGGAAGUUUGGAAGAUGUUCUUCGAUGGUGUGUCUCGCGUCGGCACGAGCGGAUCUAUUGUUGUAGGAGUGGGGGUGGUCCUCACUUCCCCGCAUAACCACGUAUUACCCCGAGCCUUUUCUUUAAUAGAGCCCUGUACCAACAAUGUAACUGAGUAUAAUGCGCUACUCAUUGGGCUCGAGCUGGCAAGAGAGUUAGAAAUAAAGCAUCUCGAGGCUUACGGUGACUCUCAGCUUAUCGUUAGGCAGAUGAUGGAAGAAUACGAGGUUAGGAAUGACGAUCUAAUCCCGCUUCAUAAAGCGGCUACGAAACUAGUUGAGUCAUUCAAAAACUUCUAUAUUGAGCAUGUGCUUUGUUCUAAGAACACGCAUGCGGACGCCCUCGCAUCCUUAUCGACUAACUUGGCUCAACCGUUAGAGACGACUCAAUGUGUCACUAUAGCGAGUCGACGACUCUUUCGACCAGAGGAUGUUCUAGAAGCGAACGCUACUCAUCAGGCUCCUGACCAACUUGACCCGAAAGACUAA